GCUGCCGGGAAGUGAAUGACAGCACUGCCUGCCAAUAGGGCAGCCCUUGGAAAGGAAGGGGCUGCUUUCACUUUCCCCGUGAUGCAGGCCUUGUUCUUCUAUCAAAAUACAUUGUGGCUGUGGAGGCAAAGCAUGUGUUCUGGUCUGAUUGAGAACUACGUGGCGGCUAUGGUGCUGAGCGCGGCUGGUGAUGCUCUAGGCUAUUACAAUGGACAAUGGGAGUUCCUCCAGAGUGGCAAGGAGAUUCAUAAGCAGCUGGCAAAGAUGGGAGGCCUGGACAAGAUUAAUAUAUCGGACUGGAAAGUCAGCGAUGACACCGUGAUGCACCUGGCGACAGCAGAAGCCCUGAUAGCUGCUGGGGAACAGCCUAAGCUCCCACAGCUAUAUUCCCUCCUAGCGAAGCACUACAAGGACUGCAUGGCCGACAUGAAGGGUAGAGCUCCAGGUCGUGCUUGCGUUAUGAAUGCAGCAAUGCUGCAGCCAGACAAACCAGAGGGCUGGAGGAUCCCAUUCAGUAAGACAGCAGGAGGAUGUGGAGCUGCAAUGCGGUCCAUGUGCAUUGGGCUGAGGUUCCAUCAUCCUGAGCAGCUGGACAGAUUGAUUGAAGUCAGCAUUGAGAGUGGACGAAUGACCCAUCAUCAUCCAACUGGCUAUCUGGGAUCCCUGGCUUCUGCUCUCUUUACUGCCUAUGCUGUGAAUCGCAAACCCCCUCAACAAUGGGGAAAAGGGUUGAUGGAAGUGCUGCCGAAGGCUAAAGCUUACGUCCAGAAGGCAGGUUACUUUGUGGAAGAGAACAUGGAGCACUGGUCCUAUUUUGAAGAGCAGUGGAGAAAAUACCUGAAGAUGAGGGGUAUUUUGGAUGGGGUAUCUUCUCCUACCUUCCCAAAAGCAUAUGGCGUGAAGGAGAGAGAUAUAUUUUAUACCUCCGUGAGUUACUCCGGUUGGGGAGGCAGCAGUGGGCACGAUGCCCCAAUGAUUGCUUAUGAUGCCAUGCUUGGUGCAGGUAACUCCUGGACAGAGCUUACUCACAGGGCCUUUUUCCAUGGUGGUGACAGUGACUCUACGGCUGCCAUUGCUGGGUGCUGGUGGGGAGCCAUGUAUGGUCUUGAAGGAGUCGGUGUAAAUCUUUAUAGACAGCUGGAGUUCAAAGAGAGGCUAGAGACUGUAGCAGAGUCUUUGUAUCAAAUAAGUUGGCCAUAUAAAGGUCGAUGACUCUUGAAAUCAUGUCAAACUAGUUUCAGCCCAUGCAAGUAUGUGUGUAAGCUUCUUGUGCUUUUUCAGUUAAUGUGUAGUACAAAACCCCCAGCAUUAAGGCAACCUGGUGUAGCAGCUGUCUUUUUGGCUUCCUGACAGCACUAGCAUAAAUGCACUUCUAGAAGAAUCAAAGCAUGGACAGUUGGGCUAAGACUUUGUAAGCAAUUGUUAGCAUGUCUGCAGCCUCUCUCCCCUAGCUCACUCCCUCCCAGCUCCAGUGCUGUAGUCAGGAUGGGAGAAGGCAGGGAAGGGAGCUUCAUUUUGGGGUUUGCCUAGCUUGGCCUUGAGGCAGGGAUGGGUGGAUUGGAGCCCCCCACUGCAUCACCUUAGCCCUGCUUCCAAAGGGACAAACAUAUAUUAAUGAAGGUACUCUGCUUUGGAGUGCCUUCGUCUAAAUUCUCAUUAAAUGAAGGUUAAUUUGUUGCAUGACUGGCCACUUUUAAAGCACUCUACAGUCAUACACUUCUGUCAGGGCAAGGUUGUAGGUCCUUUCAAGGGGCUGAUCACGAGACAAAUCACUUCUGUCUGUGCCCCAAGUGAUUUUUAAGGGCUUUCCCUAGAACAGAUACAGCAGAGGCUGUGCCAAGGCAAAUCUCCCUUCCUUCAUCUACCAUCAUUUAAGUGACUAUCUUCUUGCUACAUGGAGCCCCCCCUGCUACAUGUCCUUUGUCUUCCUGCUCUAUGGCAGUCACUUAGCUUGGUUUAAACUAGAUGGCUAUUGCUAGCAGCACAGAUCAGUGCCAAAGGGGCUGCCAGUGGUUAGGCCAGACCGAGUGCAGUGUUGCUGCAAGCUAUUAGGGCUAUGCUGAUUCGAUUUGGAGGAGAUUCAGCCCGAUUCGGUGGCCAAAUCUCCAAAUCUGAAUUGAAUCAGGGGACCAAUAAAAAGGUCCAAAUUGAUUUGAAGCUCUCCGAAACGACUCGGAAAAGAUUCAGAGAUCUUUAGUGAUUCGGGCAGUCCCCGCCCGCUGCAGCAGGGAGCUGGAGCUGGACUUGGAGCUGGUAGAGGGGGUGGGAGAGGGGAGGGCUGGAUGUGGGGGGAGGGGACCAUGGGGGAUCCCUACCAGGCCCCAUCCCAUCCCCUGCCCACUCUCCCAGCCCCCUGCAUGGGGCCUCUGCCUGCCCCAGCUCCCGGUGUUUAAAAAAAAAAUGCCCCAGUCACUGGGUGGUGCCAGGUGGGGGGCGAUCCCUGCUGCCCUGCACUGCCCCAUAAUGUGUGUGGGGGCUCUGCCACAAGCCCCCUCCCCAUGGCUGCCUCACCUGCCCCAGUUCCAGCCAUUUAAGAAAAAAAAAACCCCAAAGCCCCCAAACUCGCCGGUUCCUGCACCUGUCUCAGGGCUUUGAGAGGGCUUGUGAAAGAGCACCCCACAUGGCAUGGGGCAGUGGGGAUCACCCUAUGCCAGGCAGGAACUGGCGAGUUCGGGGUUUUUUGGUUUUGUUUUUUUUCCUUAAAGGGCCAGAGCUGGGGCAGCCAUGGGGCGGGGGCUGGGACAGUGUGGGGGGGAGGACUCAUGGCAGAGCCCCCGAUGCAGUGGGGAGUAGCUGGUAUCGUCCCCCGCUGGGCAGCACCCUGUGAGUCGGAGCUUUUUUUUCCCCAAAGUGCUGGGAGCUGGGGUAGGCAGGGCAGCCAUUGUCAGGCUGGGAGAGCGAGUGGGGGAUGGGCCUGUGUGAUUUGGAUAUUUGGCAGCAGCCAAAUGUCUGAAUCAGAUUUGGAACAGUGAUUCAAAUCACCAAAUUGAAUCGCUGUUCCUCAAAUCCAAAUCCAAAGUGAAUACUAGCCACUUCAGAGAGGCCUACAAGCUAUGUGGCUAUCUAUACCCAUGCAAGCUAGUUUAAAGACAGCAUGGAGCAGAUCUACAUAUCUGGCACUUGCAGGUGCAGCCUAUGUAGACUAACACUGCAUGGGACUAUUAAUGCCAAGUGCCAGGCUCAUUUUCCACAUACGUGUUCUGUUGAAGUCACUUUCUGCUUUAAUUAACUGCCCAUGAAAACUCUGUGUAAACAUUUAAUUUGAUCAUUUCUCUAGUCACCUGCAGAAUUUGAAAGAACCUUUGAUGAUUAAAAAUAUCUUGGGAGGUAAGGAUGGUUUGUGCUCCCUUUUACUGACCAACUGUAUUGUUGGGAGAGCCAUUGGACACUUUCCUGCAUCAGGUGCCCUGUCUCAGGUUACCCCCUGCCAAAAGCUUGUUCAGCAACUCUCCCAAUGAUACAGUUGGUUCAAUAAAAGAUGGCAUGAAAAACCCCUUGCUUUUCAUAUGCUUCCUGGAUCAUCAUAACUAAAACAACACUCCAACCCUAUUCAUACCUUUUUGAUACUGUGGUUUUCGAUUCCCCUCACUCCCAACUACAAGUAGAAUUUUGCCAUUCACUUAUUCAGAAUAAUUCUAAUGCUAGGGAGAGAACCUGAAGUUUGCAUUUUGCAUAGGCUUAAACUAAUUGUAUAUUUAAUUCUAUUCAAACAAUUUAAUCUACAGGUUACUGCUGCUAAAUACUUUCUGCCACAAAUUAAAUGCUGUAACUAAUCAGUUUUCCUUUAAAUGCAUGAUUUGAUACAAUUCUGAAGUGUUUGGGUAUUUCUUUUUAGUGAGAGAUUUCAGAAAUGUUUAGAAGAAGACCCAUCACUAAAUGGUGUGUGUGUGCCUGUUAGAAAUUAUAUUUGUCUGAAUUUUACUAAACUGGACCUAUCCUUAUGAAGAACUACAACUUGGGCAGUGAAGACUGUGGUUAGCAAAUGUGGCCCAAUGAAGAGGCAGAGACGUAUUACAUUAUUGUAGGAAGUUUUCUGUAAAUUUUAUGCAACUCCUUUGUACCACUUUGAAUAUCCCGCUUUGCAUUUGCAUCUAAUGGAAGUUGAAUUGUAUGCAUCCUUUUCUCAAGAUAGCAGCUUCCAAUCUGGUUAUCUGUUAAGGUAUUUACAAUACUCUGGUAAGGAGGAUCAGUAAAAGAAACCAAACAAACCCUCA